AGGGGGUAGGUUGUGUGUAUAACGUAUCUGUGUCAGUCCAAUUACUGUCGACCCACUUGUUGAUACCGCAAAAACCACGAGAUUGAUAAAACAGAUGAGAUGUACUUCAAUCCUACAAAACUGUUUUAAGGAAAUUUUCCUUAAGGCAGCAAAUUUGUAUAUCCUCCCCUCUCCUUCUGUAAUCUUAGCACUCCUCUCAAACUCUCAGCAUUACUUAUGGGAGGAGGUAAGAUGCACCUUUUCUGCUAGUUUAGUUACCUGAAAACAUUUAUUGACAGUAAUUAUUGUACCUUACCAAAUAUACCAAUUGAAGGCCACUGUCUUCUUGAACGCCUCUUCAAAGAAAGAGAGAUUAACAGGUAACAGCAGGUAGUAGCAAGUUAUGUCUAUUUAUGUUUAUUUAGGACUUAAAGCAGAGAAGAAUGGAUGUGCUUGAUAAGUUGUCUGGUGUAACAAACGUUUGGGUUCAUCGAGAGACUGUCAUGCGUGACCUUCUUAAAACUUACGAAAACUCAAGAGAAAUAACCCAGCAGCUUGUCACCUUUUCUUUCCACGGAGAGGUUGGGAUGGAUGUAGAUGGGCUAAAGAGAGAAGCUUAUUCUCUAUUCUGGAAGCCAGCCCUGGAAGACUACUUCGAAGGAAGUUCUACAUUUGUUCUGCGAGUAAGUCCAGAAAUUGAGGAGUCCAUGAUGAGGACACUUGGACGCAUUAUCAGCCACCAAUAUGUCCUCACUGGCAUAUUCCCUGUUCAUAUCAACAGGGCAUUUAUGGUGGCUACGCUCUGUGGGCGACAGGCAGUCAGUGAUGAAGACCUCAUAGAGGCUUUCCUGGAAUACAUAUCAGAAAAUAAAUCCCAGGAGUUGAAAGCAAUCCUAGCAUAGUCAGACCAAGGAGAGCUCUCUGGUGAAUUUUGUGAGUUUUUGCUGGAUUUUUUCAGUGAUUACCAGGUUACCAGAAGGCCACUGGCUUCCAACCUCAAAGCCACUUUGGUGCACGUAGCCAAGAAUGAGUUGUUAUCAAAACCUGCUAUGGCGAUGGAUGGUAUGAGAGAAGGUCUUCGGGAUAGAGACUGAAAAUUUGUGGAAUUGUUCGAAAGAGGAUGUAACAAAGAUGUAUCACAUGAUGCAGCUCACGCCAAAACGAGUUAUUGCAGUGCUUGCAGAAGAGCCAUCUACCCAUCUAAACAAGUCCAAGGCCAAAAUUUUCUCUUACCUGAAGAAAUACAUAAGGUGCCUCAGCCGUAAGGAGCUUGGCCGAUUUCUUCAUUAGGUCACUGGUAGUCCUGUACCAGUUGUAGAGUGUAUCAAGGUGAUGUUUCAUGUUAACGAGUUAGGAUCCUUACCACACCCUCGUACACAUACCUGUGCAGCUUCAAUUGACUUGCCUGAUGGUGGGUAUGCAAGUUUUAACGACUUUAGAAUUCAAAUGGAUUCUCUACUAAACAAUGAACUUGCAUGGAAAUUCACAUCGUUGUAAGCAGCUUGAAUGUAAGCAAAUUCAAUGUAACAGUGAUUCAGAGUAUACAGAGAUUCAGCUUAACAAUGAUUAACUUAAAAAUGUUGAAGUGACUUUUUAUUACUGGUACUGUUUGUUCCUCUUAAGCCUUUUCACUUUUUAAUUGCACGUUGUUGGUUAAGACUUGAAUGAUCCUUGUGAUCAUAUUUCAUGCAAUAGCUGUAGAAAACGUUAUUGACUCAUAUCUCGAGUGGUGCUGGUACACUCGUCGGAGUAAUAAGGAUAGUGCUGCACAUCACAAUAGGGAAUUAAUUAUUCCUUUCCUGUUUUACAUGUCAUUCAUGUCUACUCCAAUAGGUUAUGUUAACGUAGCACUUUUAAAACGGAAUGGAAAAUUGCUCGUUA